UGGUGAAGUCUCAGCCACGCGGCAUCUUGCCGCCACUGCCGGCAGCAGGGCGACGCCGCGGGCACUUGGCCGCGGGUGUCAGACACCAAAUACGCUACGCUCAACAUGGUCACUCGACUGGCCCUUGAACACACAGCCACACACAAAGACAUAUGGAGACAUACAUGAAUGUCUUCUCCCUGUGCCUCACAUACACUUACGGCAGCAGGGGGCCGUUGUGGAGGAUGCCGUCGAUGAACGGCUUGUUUUUCUCCCUAUCCAUGUGGCUGUUGGCCACCUUGGCCUUGGCCUUGUCCACCCUCUCCUGCUCCCCAUCCUCCUCCUGCUGGCGCAUCGUCUCGUUGUCGUCCUCUCGGGACGGACGGUCGUCCCCCCGCAGCGCCGCCCUUUGUUGGUUGUUGAGCCCGUACAGCUCCUCUGCGGUGCCGUACCGGCCAGAGAUGCGGAUAUCGGGCUGGCCGUCGACCGUCUGUAUCCACCAGUGCCCAUCUGCACCCUUGUAGAUGACGACGCAGCCGUCAACGAUGAGGGGCUCCAGGCCAGACUCCUGGAUGAGGAUGGAGAUGGGCACCACGACGCACCACCACCAGAUAAUUAUACACCACUCCCACCUGAACCAAACACAUACAGAGCACACGACGGAAAGCCUUCUUGCACUGGAUCCAUCCAUCUGUGCGUCCACCCAUUCAUGCAUGCGGCCAGGUCUUAGUUACUUGGGGCAGACGCGCCAGAUGAUGAUGAGAGUGUAGUGUCGAUGAAAACCCACAGGGAAUAGAAACUGCCCUUGAGGUACGUAGCUCCGCCCGUCACCUCGAAAUACUCCAGCACCCGAGGAAUGACGCGCUCCAGGCGCAGAAAGAUGUGUUCGUUGGUCUGGUGGUUGCGAGCAGAAAAGUCUAGCAUGUAGCCGAAUAUCUCAGUGAACCAUAGGAACCCCACGAAUGCAUGCGGUGCGUCAUCGCUGCGAGUCGGCCGCUCUGGCUCCUCCAAACUGUCCGUCCAUAAACCGACACAGACGCAAAGACAAAGAUGCAUAGUGAUAGAGGUGUGCUGUGUCGUGUGGGUCGUAGGCUGAUCGAAUAAAUAUACUCACUGGGGAAGUAUCCCAAGGACGAGGGCGCGCUUUCUUGCAUCAGUGACGUCGCGAAUCUUCCGGACAGCUCGGCCCAGAAGCUCUCCUCACAGAUGGCGUUCGAACAGUUGUGCAGCGCUGAUUUCACAUCACACGCACACACACAUGUGGAUGCAUCGAACAUGCCGGGAGCUGCACGACGGACAAAUAAAAGCAAAUCGAAGAGACACAUUGCUCGUGCUGGUCACUUACACUCACCCCGGCACACUCGUCGUCGGAUGCUGUCGAGAAGUCUGCGCGCCUUCAAUCCGUAGUCCUCUUGAUAGAUCACGAUCAAGCCGUCAAGGUCCGCCUGCAUGACCGGAUCGACGUACACAUGCACGUGCGUCAAUCCUCCUUCCCUCGCCCACGUCUGUCCUGUGUUGUGCUGACCGAUUUGACGACUGAGUCGAAGCGAAGGUGGGCUGUGUUGGGCGGGGCCUUCUCCUAACGCACUUUCUGCACACGCACAUAAACACAUAUUAAACAUCUUCGUGUCUGCGAGUGAUUGGGUUCUCGUGCGGGUCGAAGUUGGGGUUGCAACGUCAGCGGCUUCGUGACCACCUUUCCCUACGCAGCACAAAACACGCUUACGCGCAUUCGCCUUGCUCCUUUCGUCACUUCCCUGUGUGCCAGUGUGUGGUCGUUUGUGUGUCGCCCUUGGGAGUGGCCGCCUUGAUCCGCACCCAUCGCGCACAAACACAAAGUGGAAGGGUAUACAUACAUUCGUGCUCACCUCUUCCCUGCUGUCCUGGUCACGGAGAAGCGGUGCAUGUGCCUCAAGCUGGGAUGAGAGACACACAUGCGGAGCAAUUGCCGCCAGCUCCCCUACCGUAUCCCUCCUCUCCUCUUCUCAGUAGCUUACGUGUUCGUUGACUUAUGGAGGCCAGUAAUGACGAAAAUGGGGCGUGUCUCUUCGUUUCCACAGACGUCGGGAUAUAAAAUGUAGCCAGCGAUAUGACAUUGUGAUGUCGCGUCAACAUUGAUGACCUGAGCAAGAUGAGACAGGAGACGCAGAGCAAAAGGUCACACUAGCGUGUGACACCCUCCAUUUCACAUUUGUCGUACUCACAUCUGAAGAAUGCAAUGCAACACACAACACAUGCGCACCUCCCCACGUGGCCCCUCCAGAGGACGCAACGCAUCCGGUGACGUGAGAUACCUGAAUUUCGUGGUUCCAUCACCCGCAAUCAGCUGUCGCCCUGCACACACACAUGCAUACAUACAUAUAUACAUACAUACAUAUCUAUGAAUUGCCAUCAUCCGUACUUCAAUUCAUGAAGAUAAAUACCGCCUCGAGACGCGAAUGCCUCUGAGAUGCAGGACAUCUGAUUAUGUAUUCUGGCACACUUAUGUGUAUCGACCGGUGUGUGAUUGGCCCCAUCCAUGCGUGUCUCUGUGCCUAUGUGGCAUACCAGCGGCUGUUUGGCUGCAUUCCGGCAUGGGCGAAUCCAAUCAGCGAAAUAUGAAAUGUAGGCAGCGAUCGACCACACUGAAGAGGCAUCACACAGCUGAGGUGCUUUACCAUCGUGUGUUGCCCCUGGCCCCCUACAGCUGCACCUACCGGUCGUGGGGGCAGAGAGGGUCGCGGUGCUGGGGGGAGUGAUGGCGGUGGUGGAACUUGGUCGUCCUCGCAC